UAAUACAAGCAUCGGAUCGAGUAGCCGAGAGCUCGCAGCAGUGCCUCUAUAGCUUCCGCUCGGGACGCGAGGUCUUGAGGUUACGGUGCGUCUGCUGCAUAGUGCAGAGAAUAUAGUGUGCAUCCACACGAGGUGUGUGUAAUUCCUUGUGCGCCGAAUGUCCGUAGUAGUAGUGCCGCCGCUAGAAAACGGAGUAAAUCCGUUGUCGCGUGAGCUGCUGAAACGCGUUGCUUGUUUAAAGACCAGUUGUCUACACAAGUAGCCAAGUAAUAUAAGUAGUGCAUAUAGGAGUAGCAGAAUCAACAGUCCGCAUUACAACGCAAUAGGUUGGUUUGUUGAGGAAGACGACGACGACGAGCGGACUGGCAAUGUCGCUACUCGUGUCGUUGCGCGGCAGCCGCGGCGACAGCGAUGAGAGUAGCGACGGUUCAUCCACGACGAUGCCACCCCCGUCGACAGUGUCGGUCAGGUCGAUCAAGAACAUACUCAAGCACAUGGAAAACGACGUGGACUGGCGCAUGCCGUUGGCAUUCAACAAGCCAAGGCACACCGUCACCAUCGAGGGUGUCAACUGCAUCAGCCAGACCUGGCGCAUGAAAGAACGGAUGAAAACCGUGAGCGUCGCCCUGGUGCUCUGCCUGAAUGUUGGCGUCGAUCCUCCGGACAUCGUUAAGACACAGCCCUGCGCUCGACUCGAGUGCUGGAUCGAUCCACUGUCGUUGAGUCCUCAAAAGGCUCUCGAGACCAUAGGUUCUAAUCUGCAGAAGCAAUACGAGAGGUGGCAGCCUAGAGCCAGAUAUAAACAGAGCUUGGAUCCAACAGUAGAGGAGGUCAAAAAGCUCUGUACGUCUUUGAGAAGGAAUGCUAAGGAGGAGCGAGUACUUUUUCAUUAUAAUGGUCAUGGUGUACCAAAGCCUACGAGUAAUGGAGAGAUAUGGGUAUUCAAUAGGACAUAUACUCAGUACAUUCCUCUGUCUGUGUACGACUUACAAACUUGGAUGGGAGCCCCUAGUAUUUAUGUAUACGAUUGUUCUAAUGCAGGUAUAAUUGUUGAUUCUUUUCAACAGUUUGCUGAUCAGCAUGAAAAGGAGUAUGAGUUGGAAAAGCAAGCUAUUCAACAAAACAGAACAGCAGGUGCUGUUCCAUUGACAGCCCCGUCCUAUAAGAAUUGUAUUCAGUUGGCAGCUUGUGCAGCCAAUCAAAUUUUACCUAUGAAUCCAGAUCUUCCAGCAGAUAUAUUCACAUCUUGCCUUACAACUCCUAUUAAAAUUGCAUUACGCUGGUUUGUAAUGCAAAACACAUCCAAGUUGGUGCCAAAAGUAUCACUAGACCUCAUAGACAAAAUACCUGGUCAAUUGACAGAUAGAAGGACUAUGUUAGGAGAACUCAACUGGAUUUUUACUGCUAUUACAGAUACUAUAGCAUGGAAUACACUACCUAGAGAUUUAUUCCAAAGGUUAUUUAGACAAGAUUUACUGGUUGCUAGUUUAUUUAGAAAUUUUUUAUUAGCUGAGCGAAUAUUACGAUCCUAUGACUGUACACCAGUUUCUUGUCCAAAGCUGCCUCCCACAUAUCAGCAUCCAAUGUGGCAGGCAUGGGAUUUAGCUCUAGAUUUGUGUUUAGCACAAUUACCAAAUAUUUUAGAAUCGGAGGAUCGGUUUGUUCACUCGCCAUUUUUUGAAGAACAGCUUACUGCUUUUCAAGUUUGGCUUGUAUUAGGUUCCAAAAAUCGUAAUCCUCCAGAGCAGCUUCCUAUAGUUCUACAAGUAUUGCUUAGUCAGGUGCACAGACUCAGAGCAUUGGAAUUGCUAGGACGAUUCCUUGAUCUAGGGCCAUGGGCAGUCAAUUUAGCUUUGAGCGUUGGGAUCUUUCCUUACGUGCUAAAAUUAUUGCAAAGCAAUGCCAAGGAACUUCGACCCCUCCUGGUUUUCAUUUGGGCUAAAAUACUUGCUGUAGAUAAUACUUGUCAAGCUGAUUUAGUACGUGACCAUGGCCAUAAAUAUUUUUUGUCCGUUUUGCAAGAUACCUCAAUGCAGAGUGAAUACAGAACAUUGGCAGCUUUUGUACUUGCUUGUAUAGUUAACAAUUAUCCCCCGGGUCAAGAAGCUGCCUUGCAAGGUAGUUUAGUAUCUAUUUGUCUAGAGCAGCUUGGGGAUGCUAAUCCUCUAUUAAGGCAGUGGUUAUGCUUGUGCCUUGCGCGCUUAUGGCACAAUUAUGAUAAAGCUAGGUGGUGUGGCGUACGAGAUAUUGCGCACGAAAAACUUUAUAAUCUCUUGCAAGACCCCGUGCCAGAGGUUCGCGCUGCCAGUGUGUAUGCAUUAGGAACUUUUAUAAACAGCGUGACAAAACGAAGUGAACACGCCAACAAUAUUGACCAAACUAUUGCUAUGAUGUUAAUUAAUACAGUGACCUACGAUAUGUGUCCUCUAGUCAGAAAAGAAUUGGUAGUAGCUCUUCAGUGGAUGGUUUUGCAUUUUGAAAAUUCCUUUGUUACCUUGGCCAUUGCUGAAGAAAAUAGCAGAAGAGAUCUGGUUGUCGAAACUCUUUCACCUUUCAGCGGCAUGAGAAGAAUCGGUUCCAAAGAUAGGCUAAAAAUGCUGUCGCCGAACAGUACUUAUAGUAUAGACACGACCGACGGAUUCGGUCCUGAUAAAAUCAAACGAGUUUCUUCAGUUUCAUCGAUUAGCAGCUUAGGAAAUAAUUGGGAGUUUGUGAGGAAACCUUGUGAAUCGUUGGGCCACAGUUCUCUCGGAAACUUGCCUAGUCUUUCAUACGGAAGCGUCUAUAUGAAACUUUGGCAUGGAUUAUGCGGACUUGAUAAUGAUCCUCAUCCUGGCGUUUCUCAAAUGGCACAAAAAGUUACAAAUUACAUUCGAAGUCAGGUAAAAGAAUCAUCGGCUCCAAAAGAAGUAGGCGACGCUAAAAUGUCGUCAUCUUUAUCGUUACCUCCGUCUCCAUCCAACAGAACUAAUUAUUUGAGCAAUAGUAAAGGGGAAUCACCGCCUACCGUAGCGUCAGCGACGGACCUUUUACGGUCUACGAGAUUGUCAACUCAUACAAGUCGUGCAAGAAAACCUAUACCAAAUACGAUAUCGGAAGAAUCGGAUGAGGUACCAGGAAUCAAGUGUCCAUUAAUAACCUCGCAAUUUGUUGAAUGGAGUUGUGCCCAAUUUGCUCAACCCGUGAGUUUUGAUGCAGAAGCCGAGUCCACGAACGACGUUGAGAGUCGCGCGCAUCACGAACGCGAGUGGCGGUACUCGCGAAACAAAAAGCAGAGAAGGGAAGUAAAAGAGGAACAGUUGAAGGCAGUAAAUGGACGGAUAGAGUCACAUGCAUUUCAAUGGCGUUGUCCGCAACCACCGGAAGUUUUACUUUUUCAUCCUUUUGACUCUCACUUAGCCGUGGCAUGUAAAGAUUAUUUUGGAAUAUGGGAUUAUCAAAGUGGAUCAAAACUUACGUACCACCCAAGUCGAGGAACUAGACCAUCUAAAAUAACAACUUUGGAAUUCAUCAAUUCCCACGACGUAGCAUUAUUGAUGGUAGGAUCAGACGAUGGCUCUAUUAGAGUUUGGAAAAAUUAUUACAAUAUGUUAGGACGUGAGCCUAUACUUCUGACCGCUUGGCAAGCUCUGGGUGAUCUUCAGCCGGUUGUUAAGGGCUCUACAGGCACUGCGGGUCUGGUAACGAGCUGGGAGCAGCAAUCUUUGACACUAGCGGUAACAGGUGACGUAAAAAGUGUGCGACUAUGGAAUGCCGAAACAGAAUUGAAAGUGCAGGACAUUCCUACGGGUGCUGAUUGUUGCGUUACUUGUCUAGAUACAGACAAUGCAGGUAACAUGAUGGUGCUUGGCUGUGGAGAUGGUUCGGUACGCGUGUUUGAUAGAAGGUUGCCGGCUACGGAAUCGAGAGUUAUGACUUACAGAGAGCACAAUGCAUGGGUUCUGGGGGCGUAUCUGAAAAAAUCUGCGAGUUCACCAAUCAGACUGAUAACGGGAUCUUCUUCUGGUGACAUUCGAUUUUUCGAUCUCAGGAAAAACUCAUCUGUUAAUAUGGUCCAAACGACACAUGGAAUAACGUCCUUCGUGAUGCAUGAAUCUGCAGAUAUUUUUGGAUGCAGUUCUACAAACCAGUGCAUCAGUAUGUAUAAUAUAUCAGGUAAUCACCUCAACACAAUCAAGUUUCACGAGGGCUUCAUGAGCACGAGGAUCGGCCCUGCAAGUUGUCUUAGUUUUCAUCCACAUCGGGUCGUUUUGGCCGCUGGUUGCGUUGAUAACACUGUGAUCGCUUACGGCCUUGAGCAUCGCAGAUGACCAUCCGAGAUGGAACUCUUAUAGAGUUACAUUUCCCACCUUGUUCGCUGAGAGGAAUUGUGCAAAUCAAGUAAAAUUAUGUUUAAAAGACGAGUAACGUUAACUAGAUCGAGAACAUCGGUGCACCCUUAAACAUUUUAAUUCUCGAUAUGAAUUCUGCUACUUCGAUCCGCUUUUCUCGAUCUUUAUACGUCUACGUACACUAUAUGCAGAGAAGCCAAGACAAUUUAAAUGAAGCGCACUAAACCAAAUGCUACGCCGCAGUACGAUUAAUGAUUUUGUUACGUAGUGUGUACGAUUUUUUAUAGGGUAUAAGCAACUUGCAACUUAUACCGAUAGAUGUGAUAUUUUAAAAGCCACUACGAUUAUUUUCCACCAAGGAAUGACGAAUAAUGUAAAAAGAAAUGUUAAACCUCUUGUUGAAUGGUAUAUGCUACCUAUGUAAAUACAUAUGCACACGCACGCAUAUACAAAAAAAGUAUAAGAUUACAAAAAGAAAACUUGCGCUGACUGUAAAUUUGUGUGCCUGAGCGAUGUAUGCUAAUCGAAAUAAAAAUGAAGGUAUGUUUGAUAACGACAAAGGCCUAUGUCUGUGUGCUUGCGUAUUUGCCAUAAAAAUGCAUUCGCUUCGGAAGCGCACCCGAGCGCGUGCAAAUCAUGAUUAUGCCAUUGUACAAUAUUUUCGACAGAGCUUAGUAAAGCGUACUUAAGAUUUUUUUAAAUGACAAAGCCCUCUAUUUACAAUAAAAACUAAAACUAACACUCCACCAAUAAUAUGCAAGGAGAAACUAGUCAAGUAGCGAAGAUUAACAAAACGCGUUGGAUAGACGAGCGCAUACACCGAGGAGAAAAUGAUAAAUAUACACAUAAAUAAUAAAAGUGAACGCAUACACACAAUGCAAUGUACCAUCUUUGCACAUAGUAGCCUUCCAACCCAUAUAACAAUAAAGUACAAUGCAAUGACAUUAAAGCAAAUAA